AUGAAAAAAAUCACGGAAUCCGGAAUCCGGAAUCCGGAGAUCUCUGGUUUUAAGAAUGGCUCGUAUCCACGUACUCAAGUCAUCGCAACCAUGGUGAUCCCUGGAAACAUGCCCUCUGCUUUCCCUUUCUUUCUCACUUUCAAACUUGUUAGCUCAUGCUCGACUAGCUCAUUUUUUCAUAAAUCUUUAGGUAACCUUAAUUUUCGUUCAAAGUCGGUCACGAUGGCAAAGGGAAACAUCUUCGUAAGAUUCAAAAACUACAUUGUGGAGACAAUCAGUGAUACGUACCAUCACAUUCGCGAGCUACGUGCGGAAUGGAAUCGCCAACAAGGACGUGGUUAA